AUGAGCGUGCGCACAGGCAGCGUGGCGGCGGCCCUGGCCCUGCUCACCGCGCUGGUGGUGGGCGGAGCGGCGGCGUCUCGACCGCUGGCACAGCAGGCCGCCCUGGCUGCAUAUGCCCGCCACGCCGGCGGCAAGGACAGGGAGGAGAAGCUGAACCUGCGGCCCCUGAUUGGCGUUGUGUCCCAGGUGGGCGCGCCCGCCCCCAAGGGCCACUCCUACAUCGCCAGCUCGUACGUCAAGAUGGUGGAAAGCGCGGGGGCGCGGGUGGUGCCCAUCUUUUGCGACAUGAGCCCAGAAGAGGUGGAGCGGCGCUUCAAGGCUGUCAACGGCAUCCUCAUCCCGGGCGGCUCCCAGGACCUGCGCCCCGGCCAGCCCUUCUUUGACACCGUCAGCCAGCUGGUGCAGCUGGCGGUGGAGGCCAACGACAAGGGCAACUACUUCCCGGUGCACGGCACGUGCCUGGGGUUUGAGACGCUGGCCAUCAUCGCCUCUGGCAACCACUCCAUCCUGUCGGAAUUCGACUCUGAGAACCUGCCCUCCCCUCUCUUCCUCACAGACACGGCCACCUCCGGCAAGAGCCGCUUCUUCAGCGCGCUGCCCGAGCAGGUGGUGCAGCACCUGCAGACGCGGCCGUACGCAAUGGAGAACCACGCACACGGCCUGGCCUGGACUGCGGUGGAGGAGAACCCGCGGCUCAAGGACUUUUUCGAUGUGCUGUCUCUCAGCGUGGACCGCGCGGGGGCGGUGUAUGUGAGCACGGUGGAGGCGCACCGGUAUCCCAUCACCGGCACGCAAUGGCACCCCGAGAAGAACGCCUUUGAGUGGACACCCGACAAGGAUAUCCCGCACCACCCAGACGCAAUAGAGAUCACGCAGGAGGUUGCCAACUUCAUUGUUGGCGAGGCGAGGCGCAACUUCCACGCCCCCUCCUCCCAGGAGGAGGAGGAGGACCUCCUGAUCUACAACUGGGCCCCCUCGUACACCGGAAAGGCAAGGCCCGCGCCUGGGUGCUGCUACCCACCGUACCGCCACCGCUACAAGGGGGAGGAGGUGGACUUUGUGGAGUCCUACUUCUUUCCUCUCGAGACUAGCACAAGGAAGAGCAGCAGCAGCGGCGGCGGCAGCGGCAGGCGCACCCAGGCUGCGGGGCUUGCCGCGUGA